GGCUGUUGCAAUAAGUUGUCUCCCACUCUCAUGCCACAAGAAAUCUGAGUUUUUAACGCAAGAAAAUGGAGCAUAAGGCCGACUGAGGAGAAACUGACGAGCAUUCUAUGCCAGGAUGGGUCUCAGCUGAAAGUAAGGUUAAAGAUCCCCCACCAUGCAUCCUCAUUGCCUUUUCGUCUGUCGAGGGGGUAAGACAAAGGAGCGUGGUGUCUGGGCAAUGGAAUGUAUCGACAAAGGGGUGUGGUUUGGACCUCUGGAGGGGCGUAUUCUACCAGCUACUGGAGAUCAUCAACCAUCGAAUGGUAUGCCUCACACCUGGGAGAUUCAAUGUGGGGAAACGUUCUGCAAAGUCCUGAAAGUCUGUGAUGACGAAAACACUAACUGGCUACGUCACGUAACUUCUACGUAUGUCACCUGGACUGGAGUGAACAUGGCCGCCUACCAGUACAAGGACAAGAUCUUUUACGUCACCACAAAGGUCGUAGGUCAUGGUCAUGAGUUGAUUCUGGGAUUGAACGACGGUGAACAUUGCAAAGAUGUUAUAAACGGUGGGAGAAAGUCGACAGGGGGCCUGAAAGGUAUCGUGUAUGAUAAAAGAUGCAGUGUGUGUCAUCGAAAGUACCACAGAACCCCAAUACCAGCUCACCGCAGUGACAUACGGGAGCACACUGAGAAUCAAGUCAUCCGCAUCAACGAUUGUUUCCCAAUCCUGAAACUAUCCCUUGGUGACUUCAGGCAAGCGCACCAUCUUAACCGGGAUGAUACCCAGGAUACGGGUGGCGAAAAGAAUCACAACUCAAACAGCCGUAUGGUAUCGUCCUGUAAGGUGUUUUGUUGUGUGCUUUGUGGGUGGAGUUUCAGGACGUUCGCCAGAUACGCAUCACACAGGAGGAAUCAUGAACUAAGAUAUCUCAAAUAUAGAAUAAAGACAAGACAUCAAAGCUUGAAAUCCAGUUGUGGAGAAAUUGUAGAAUCUUCCACAGAAAUCAAAAGCAGUCACGUAAAGCCUUCGCAUUCAACGGACGAGGUAAAUAGACUCGCGGGAAAAGUUCGGGUGUGCGAGAUUACGGAAAGGGCGGGAAGGGAGUCAAUCUUGUCAAAGAAGCGGGAGAAUUCAACUCUUGCAUCAGAUUCACAAAGUACCGUUUGUGACGAAGUGGUGCCGGUGAAAUACCAACCCAAGGUGCCGGUGAAAGACCAACCCAAGGUGCCUGUAAAAGAUCAACCUAAAGCCACACCACCCACCAUUAAAAAACAGGGUAUCAAAAACAAUAGGCGGACACGUUUAGAAAAACAACCCGUUGAGGUGGAGAGUCAGAAUCGGGCAUCCUUGAGGAGUAAAACCUGUCCGACCAUUGAAACUAAUCGGAGCACAAACCCGCCAUCUUCGGGGAGAAAUGCAAUUGCUGUUUGUGUAAAGAGACGUGGUAGGCCUAAAACAUGCAAAGUUUCAGCCAAAGAAAACGGAGGAACCAAAACCAGCAGAUUUUUGUGCACAGUGUGCGAGAAGUCUUUCACCAGCAACGCAAACUUGUGCAAGCACACGCGCAUUCACACGGGUGAGAAACCGUACGUGUGUAGUUACUGUGCCAAGUGUUUUGCAGAGGUGAGCAACCUGAACAAGCAUCUGCGCAUUCACACUGGCAUCACGCCGUACAAGUGCGAGGAGUGUCCCAAGAACUUCAAGUACUUGAAGGCUUUCAAACUUCACGUGCGGAAUCACGAGAGGGGACCGGUCACUUACAAGUGCAAUAUCUGCGAAAGAAAAUUCAACCAGAAAGGGCCGUACAAGACGCACGAACAGUGGGCCCACAGACGGGAACGACCAUUCAAGUGCAAAGUGUGCAAGAUGGGUUUCAAGAGAGAGGGCGGGCUGCAGAUGCACCGUGAUAAAAUGCACCCUCGUGCGGACGUCAAGCAAAGUAAAAAACGCGGGAAGCGGCCAAAUGUUAAAAGUGACUCUCCCGCCGAUAUCGGGCGCCCUCACCGCUGUAAAGACUGCGGGAAGGGGUUCAAGUUCAACUAUGCACUAAAGCAACACGUGAGGACACAUACGGGUGAGAAGCCUUUCAAGUGUACCGAAUGUGACGCAGCCUUCGCUCAGAGCUCUAACCUUACCAGCCACCGGCGCAUCCACACCGGGGAAACCCCGUACAGGUGCCACCACUGCGAGAAGAGCUUCUCGUGUGCACAGAAUCUCCGGAGUCACCUGCGUGUUCACACGGGUGAGAAGCCGUAUAAAUGCCCGAGUUGCCCGGCUAGGUUUGCCUACAGCAGCUACCUGACUACCCAUAACUUGAUUCACAUGAAUAAGAAACCUCACCAGUGCACUAUCUGCAAUAAAGAGUUCCGCCAUGCUGCGAGUUAUAAAAUCCAUUGCCGGACACACUCAAGGAAAUGAAACUUAUAUUAGCCAUUUGUGUGUACAACAUUUUUGUAAAAUUGAAAGUAUAAAUGCUAACAGAUUUGGAUUUGGGUUUGGUAUAAAGAUUGUCAAAGUGAGAAACCUUCCUUGAAAUAGUUUUGCUUAAAACGAAAACGUUUUUAGGAAAUUAGUAAACAAUGUUCUCUAUCACGCGCGUCCGGCCAAAACCUGAUUUUUGAAAACUGUGGAAACACAUUUAAGGGUGUUUUUUACUGUUUCCUCAUGACCGACUCUGAUGACCGAUUGAGCUGAAUCUUGCACAAGUUUGUUAGUCCAUGUUUUAAUGUAUAAUCAUGUUAGGUCACAUACACUGCAGAUACUGGUCUUUAAAAAAAUAAACAAUUCAAAACCGGCCUCGUUAUAGGCCUCGUAUCUUUUAUUUCGUUUAUCACAACUUCACCAUGGCAUUUCCGCAGAUAUCAAUGGAGAUGUCUCUGUCUGAAACAAAAAUACUGACCUGUGACGUCAUCAUCACAAUAAUCAAAUGGGCUUUACGCGAGGCAACUUUUACAGCCAAGUGCAGUGCAUGUUAGGAUCCCUUUGGUCAUUGAGUCAUUUUUGAAUAGUGUAUACUAUCAACAGGAAAUGUGUGAAUAUUGAAAUGCAAAUAUUAAUUUUGGUUUUUACCCAUAAACCGAUAUGUGUUAGCACUGUAAACUCAGUACU